AAUUAAAAUUAUCCACAUUUUAAUGUUAAAAACUUUGUGUGGGAUAGCUAAAAAUGUUUUUACUCAGCUUUUAUAUCUACUCUUGGAGGAGGGCUUGUAAAAUAUGAGGAUGGGCUGGUAUUACUUUUUAUCUUUUAUAAAAACAGAAGUUAAGAAGAUUAUUGAAAAUCUGCUUUUUCCAGAUUGUGUAUGCCAUUUUAUGGACGAGUGGGGCGCUGCUUUAUCUCUUACUUUGUCAAACACUGUAUAUGGGUAUAGUGAUGGUAUUGCUGCUAUCCUGCACUCAGGCAAUUACAAAUAAUCCCUUUGCCCUCGGCUACAGUUUAAGUCACAACCUGUUAUGCUGGAGCGAUUCUGCUGAUCCAAAGUCUCAGUUUGUCAAAGUCCUUUAAUAUCUUGCUUUAGGGGGCUUACGGGAUGAUUGAUUGAAAAUAAAGUAAAUAAUAGAUAAAUAUAAUUCCCACACCAGUACCCAUUCCAAAGGAAAUUCCAAAGGAAAACCGCCCUUUGGGCGUGCAAAUGCAGCACUGUAAGCUUCAAGAGUCAUCACAGGGUUAGAGCCACGCUGACAGAAGGUCCAGAGGCUACAGGAUGAGCUCGAUUACCGAAGCAGAUUUGGGUCAUAAAGAUUAAACAAUUAAUAAGUCAUCUGGUGGAGCAGUAUUUCCAAGGUUAGUGAAGCAUGUUUUUUUCUUUAAAUAUCUAUCUCUAUAUAUGACAGAUAUUGAUAUUGUUAUAUUUCCAUAGUAGCGAUGUUAUUGCUACUUUUACGAUGCUACAGAAAUCUUUCAUUUCAUUUGUUUCCUCCAUCUAGCUCUUUAGAUGAUAUAGUAAGGGAACAAACAAAGUGCACCAGAAAAUAUGUUUCAAAUAUUAUUUUCAUCUUCACUUAUUAAAUCCUUAUUUAAACCACUUCGGUUUAAAUAAGGAUUUUCUCACCUUCCCUGGCCUAACAGCAGGAUACAUAUUCAGUUUAUAUUGUAUUAGCAAAUAUACUUUAUCAGGACAUGCAAAGCAUAAACGAUCUGCCCCUCUAUCAGAACAAAUUCUGCAUGUAUUGCAUGCAUUUAACGGAUUGCUCAGUUACUUAAAAUCUUGUUACUAAUGUCACUAAUUAUGACUGAAUACACUGGACAUCGUCAUCUUCUGUCAUCAUUGUGGUUAUUUGUGCUGAAGCAAUUAGCUCCUCAGUUAACCUUGUUAUUCAAAUGUAAUUAGUGAGCAGAAAGUUGAUUUUCUCUUUUGACAAUGGCGAUUUAAUUUGCAAUAAAAAUAGUCACUGUCAUCAGGUAUGACCUCAGCUUAAUGUCUGUGGUUAAGACGUAACACGUUCUAAGUUUUCCAUGAUCAGCAAGUGGUGUUAUGUAUAGUCUAUUUUGCAUUAUUUAACAGUAACGAAAUUAAAAAUACAUUUGAAUCCAGCAGAGACUGAAUGGUCAGUGUCCUGCCAUGAAAUGAAGGAGAGCAGAUGAUGAAUCUGUGGGUGGUGUCACACAUUUAGUGUGAGUUAUAAAUCAGCAGAGACCCACUGUGCACACUGUUGUUCAGUCACUGGUUGGAUCACUGCUGUCUCAUUGUCCAGCCUUUUUGUGAAAUAUAGGUAAAACUGAUCCUUUAGAGCAAUAGAAUGAUUGUUUAUCUUCCUUGAGAGAAAUUAUUAAUCUUACCUUAGCAAAGGAGGCAUUACCAGCUGAAAAGGUAGGUCUAUUUUGGCUUACAGAAAUCAUUUUACAUUUUACAAAGCUAAAAUCUGUGAUUGUAGCCCUGUGUUAAAGAUCAUAUGACUAAAAUACACUUACCUGUUUUUAGAUGGAGCAAUGAAGAGAAAGCCACGAUGCUAAGACAAGUUGUGGUCAAACCCCGGAGACAAGCUUUUUGGGGGGCCGGUUACCCAUUUCAUCCUCACUCUUCCUCUUGCCUUUCUAUGAAGGAGGAAGUUUUUUUAGAAGCUGCAGAAUAUGGUAAUAUCCCAGAAGUGAGGCGGAUGCUGGAGGAGCUGCCAGAUCUCAAUGUUAACUGUGUCAACUACAUGGGACAGAAUGCACUGCAGCUGGCUGUUGCAAAUGAGCAUCUAGAACUUACCAGACUUCUUCUAAAGAAGAAAGACCUCGCCAGAAUAGGAGAUGCUUUGCUGUUAGCCAUCAGUAAAGGUUACAUUCGCAUAGUAGAGGCCAUACUGAGCCAUGAGGCCUUUGCAGACGGUCAAAGGCUGACUAACAGCCCCAGCCAGGCAGAGAUGCAUGAUGACUUUUUCUCCUAUGAUGAGGAUGGGACACGGUUCUCUCAUGACAUCACUCCCAUCAUUCUGGCUUCCCAGUGCCAAGAGUAUGAAAUAGUCCAUAUACUUCUUCUCAAGGGAGCCCGGAUAGAACGACCCCAUGACUACUACUGUCAGUGCAAGACCUGUAGUGAGCAGCGGAGGCAUGACUCUUUCAGCCAUUCACAGUCCCGCAUCAAUGCAUAUAAAGGUCUAGCCAGCCCAGCAUAUCUCUGUCUCUCCAGUGAAGAUCCUGUGAUGGCAGCGCUGGAACUGAGCAAUGAGCUUGCAGUUCUGGCCAACACUGAGAAAGAGUUCAAAAAUGAUUAUAAGAACCUGUCCAUGCAGUGUAAAGACUUUGUGGUGGGGCUCCUGGAUUUGUGUCGAAACACAGAGGAAGUGGAGGCUAUUUUAAACGGGGACAAAGAAUCAUAUCGUAGCUCAGACACCACGAACAGACAAAACCUGAUUAGGUUAAAACUUGCAAUAAAAUACGAGGUUAAGAAGUUUGUGGCACAUCCAAACUGCCAACAGCAACUCCUCUCCAUCUGGUAUGAAAACCUGUCUCGACUCCACCAGCAAACAACAGCAGUUAAGAUUCUUCUUGUUCUCGGUGUAGCUCUUGGGUUGCCUAUACUGGCUUUUAUUUACUGGAUAGCACCGUCAAGUAAGUUAGGGAAACUUAUGGGUGGCCCUUUCCUGAAGUUUGUGGCUCAUGCAGCUUCCUUCAUGAUAUUUCUUUGCCUACUGGUCCUGAAUGCAGCAGACCGCUUUGAGGGAACUUCACUGCUGCCCAACAUGACCAUCCAUGAUUACCCUUCACAGCUUUUUCGUAUGAAGACCACGCCCUUCACCUGGAUGGAGAUUCUCAUCAUAUCUUGGAUCAUAGGGAAGAUCUGGGAAGAAUGUAACAACAUUUGGUCCCAGGACAUCCGGGAGUACAUAUCAGAACCCUGGAACCUUCUAGACUUUAGCAUCCUCACCAUUUUUAUGACGUCUUUCACUGCCAGAUUAAUGGCUUUUUGGCAUGCAUAUUCAGCCCAGUGUUAUAUUGACAAGCACCAUACUAGCCUGUCCAACAUGACGUUACCCUUUGAAAUACAGUAUUUCCAGCUUGCUCGAAUCCACUGGAUGCCCUCAGACCCGCAGCUUAUUUCCGAAGGCCUUUACGCAAUUGCCGUUGUGCUUAGUUUUUCCCGCAUUGCGUACAUCCUGCCCGCCAAUGAGAGCUUCGGGCCUUUGCAGAUCUCUCUGGGAAGGACAGUGAAAGACAUCUUUAAAUUUAUGGUGGUUUUCGUAACAGUGUUUGUGGCUUUCAUGGUAGGAAUGUUCAAUCUGUACUCAUACUACCUUGGAGCCAAGCACAACAAUGCCUUUACAACGCUUGAAGAGAGUUUUAAAACAUUAUUUUGGGCCAUCUUUGGGCUGUCAGAAGUGAAAUCAGUGGUGAUUGACAUCAACCAUAAGUUCAUUGAGAAUGUAGGCUACGUUCUGUACGGGGUGUACAACAUCAUCAUGGUGGUCGUCUUGCUGAAUAUGCUCAUCGCCAUGUUUAACAGUUCUUUCCAAGAAAUUGAGGAUGAUGCAGAUGUCGAGUGGAAAUUUGCUAGAGCUAAACUCUGGUUCUCUUACUUUGACCAUAGUGGCACACUGCCUGUGCCCUUCAAUCUUGUACCCAGCCCAAAAUCAGUAUCUUGCCUAUUGCUGAGUAUAAAGGAUUUCAUCUGGAACGUACCUCCCGGCAGACACAAAAGAAAUUCACGCAAUGAGAUGGAGCUUAACAAUUUAAGACGACAGGAUAAUCUGGCUGGGGAAGCGUCUCUUUGUCCAACCCGUCAUCAAAAAAUAAUGAAUUGCCUCAUUAAAAGAUACAUCUUAAAAGCACAGAGGGAUAAAGAUAACGAUGAAGUGAAUGAAGGUGAACUGAAAGACAUCAAACAUGACAUCUCCAGUCUUCGCUUUGAGCUCCUGGAAAGGGAGAAGCACGAUAAGAAGACACUAACAGAGCUCAUGGGGCAGCUGGAAGAAGUAAUGCAUGUGAAGCAGAAAGAAGAGCAGAAGCAUACACUGGAUAUGGUUUCUUAAAAACAAUAAAGAUUAGAAAUGUAUUUACUGGACACACUCCAUCGUUCUCAUUAAUGAGGGAUUCAGUCAAGGCCGAAUGUUUCUGUGACACAGACUUAACACACAACUUUCAGACAAAACUUAGCUGAUAAAACUACAUAUUUUGUAUUCAUUAUAAAAAAAAUUCUGCUUUCUCCAUUGUGUAAACUUAUGAAUUUGUUUGUCUUUUGAUUUUUAUUCCUGUGCCUGUGUCUGAACAGUUCGCUUAUUGCUGCAAUAAAGGAACUGUAAUGUAACUUUUCCUGUUGAUCCGACUACGCUACAGUUCUGAGUUGACUGCUGUCAUCUGCAUGAUUUGUUUUGGAGGUAAUUCAUCUGGUGCUGAAAACCAGAAAGCAGUUCAGAUAAAACAGAAAGAUAUGUUUGAUUGUCUCAGUCGCAACACUCAAUUAAGCUUCUUUGGAUAACUGCGCUCAGUGUAGCUGGAGGUAAGUAGUUGCUUUUUCUUUAAUGUAACUUCAGUUAAUCAACACAACUCCAGGCUUGAUGUUCAAAACUGUAUAAAUUGUUUUUCUUAAAUGCUGUUCUUUGUCAAAAUAUUAAUUACCCGAGUAUAAUGUUUAUUUAAUGUUAUUAAAGUUACUGCAGGUUAUCUUCAUCCCAUGAGAGAUUAUGGGUUUUUAAAAUCAUUGCACCACAUGCUGUUGUGCUCUCUCAUGCUUGGUGUCAGGCAUCUGAGAACAGUGUGACCUGUCAUGUAGACAUCCAGCUCGCCUCCAUAUAGCGAGGCAGAAAGACUAAAAACUACAACCAGGCUUUAACUGUCAAGCCUGUGAAUAAUGCAGCUGUGAAGCAUUUACACCAAGGUCAGACAUGGAUGUUAUAAAACAGCAAAACUGAUAAAAUUACCACCAGAAGAAUCUAUAACAUCAACAUUCUGAGGAAAUUUACCCAUGUGUCUGAAAUAUUAGAAAUUUGAUUAAAUGAGAGGUUUUAUCGAAGCCUGAUGGUGGUCAAUGGGAGCUAUAUUUACAGUUUAAAAACUUGUGAGAAAACUAGGCCAUUGCAGCACAUUAAAGAACACAUUAUGGAGAUA